CCACUACCGUUUGAUGAAGCUCUAACAACCUAAUCAGAUUCUAUCUAUCUCAGGUUGCAGCAGAAAUUAAGAAAAGAUGAUUAGGCUUCAAUUGACUCAAUGAAUCAUGCAUCAAUCGAUUAAAAUCAAUCUGUAUAUCAAUCCCAAGUCAUUACAACCAAGAUUCCUAACACAUGGAACUAGGGUUCUUCAUACCCAAGUGAGAGAAGGUUUUACUCCAUAGAGAGAGAGAGGAAAACAGAAAUCUGAGUAGUCAAACUCAUAAAGAUGAGGAUAAUCUGCUUUGGGAUGUCGAUCUUCACUCCUGAGAUGCAAUCUGGGCUUCAAUGGUGAGAAAUCCACUCCAAAUAGCUCCUAGGGUUUAUUAUUCGCACUUUCUCUCUCUAAAGCUAUGUUUUUUGCUCCACAACUCGAUUCCCCCAAAAUAUUAGCUCCUCGCCAAAUAAAACCCGCACAGGUGCAAAAACACGGCCUCUAAGCCCAAAAACACGGCCGUGUUUUAAUCAAAAGAGGCCGGGUUUUUGAAUGGCGAUUCUGCGAAGGGUAGAGGAAAAACACGGCCUUUAGCACAAGGCCGCGUUUUUCACACCAGAGGGCGUGUUUGAGGACGUGUUUUUCAACAGCCCUGCUGCCCGGUUUUCGCCAUCGACCUUCUUUCAUCUCCAAAUGUCCCGAAACUUACCCCAAUGCCAUAUCUACGUACUAGGACCUGAAAUAUAACAAAAGAACACAACCUAGCAUAAAAUAGGCUAAGGAAUGACCAAUCACUAAGCUAAACGAUCAAGAAAUGAUGGGGAAAACAUGUGUGAAUACGGUGUUAUCACCGCUACGUCGUUUCGUUGAAGGAUUAGACAGUUUUGUCCAGUGAGCUGAGUUUGGUCGAAGAGGAUGAGGAGGAGAUCAAGCUCAUUCUGGGCCAGGCAUGUGCCGGCAACUCGAUGAAGCUUGUUCUGAUUGGCGCGUGGGGUUAAGAGGGAGGAUGGGGGGAAAUGGUGUUUGAGAAUGGCAGAGGUAGGGAGAGGAGAGUAGUGACUGUCGAUGAUUUAGGAGUUGGGAGAGCGAGGAAGGUAGAGGUUGACAGAGAGUACAGAAGCAACGGCGGUUGGCGGAGUGACCAUGCGGUCGGAGACGUUCUAGGACAGAGAUGCGAUAAACAUUUCUAGCCCUUCUACUACACAUCCAAGACACUGAACGAUGCACAGAAGAACAAUACAACCACGGAGAAGGAUCUCCUUGCAGUGGUGUAUGCCUUCGAUAAAUUCUAACCUUACCUGAUGCUAUCUCACGCGGUGGUUUACAUGGAUCAUUCUGUUAUCCGGUAUUUGAUGCCUAAGGAUGACGCCAAGUCUAGACUCAUCCGCUAGAUCCUGCUGCUGCAAAGUGAAAACGUUUGGUAUCGAGAUCCAGGACAAGAAGGGAGCUGACAAUGUUGCUCAAAAUCACCUUUCACAGUUCGAAGCCCAUUUGGUGGACAACUUUGUGAAAGAAAUCGAUGACUCCUUCCUGGGUGUGAGGUUGUUGGCACUGUGGUUGGUGGAGAGUGUCACCCCUUGGUAUUCUGAAUUUGUCAAUUAUCUGGUGGGUAAACAGUUGCCUAAGGGGAUGUCCACCAUGCGAAGCAAAAGUUUUUCCCGACCUAAAGUACUACUUCUGCGAGGAUCCAUAACUCUUCAGGAUGGGAGCAGACGGAGUGAUCCGGAGGUGUGUGAUGGAGCACGAGAUGGGAGACGUACUAUCUCACUGUUACGAGGGACCCACUGCGGUUACCAUGGAGGAAACAACACGGGGCGGAAAGUGCUGCAAUCAAGCUUUUACUGGCCCUCGCUUUUCAAGGAUGCAAAUGUAUUCUCACACCAGCGCGACCACUGCCAACGGUCAGGUAAAAAUUUUGCACUUGAUUCGAUGCCCCAUAAGUCAUUUGUUAUUUGUGAGAUAUUUGGUGUUUGGGGCAUCGAUUUCAUGGGGCCCUUUCCUUCUUCAUAUGGCAAUCUAUACAUAUUGGUUGUUGUGGACUACGUCUCGAAAUGGGCAGAAGCACAGCCAUGUCGACCAAUGAUGCACGACGUGUGUGUUUAUUUCUGAACCAGCUCUUUUCUCGGUUUGGGACACCUCGUGCCAUCAUUAGAGAAAGGGGAACCUAUUUUCAAGGGCAAUUCACUACGUUCCUCUCACCCUAUGAUGUUAAGCAUAAGGAUUCCAUGGAUUACAUCCCAAGACAAAUGACCAAAUCGAGCUGACAAAACGAGAAUUGAAGAGGAUAAUAAAAAAGAUGGUGGAUCAAUCCCGCAAGGAUUGGUCUACCAAACUUGAUGAUGCUCUUUGGGCAUAUAGGACAACCUACAAGAUGUCGAUUGGUACUUCCCUCUAUUGGCUUGUCUAUGGUAAGGCUUGUCAUUUGCAUGUCGAGCUAGAGCACAAGGCCUUUUGGGCCCUUCAACUGCUAAACCUUGAUCUGAGUCUUAUAGUUGCAGGUACCGAGAAAAAGAUGCAUAUGGGGGAAUUGGAGGAGUGGCGUUAUCACGCUUAUGAGGACACUCAUCUGUAUAAGGAGCGAACCAAGCGUCUCCAUGAUGCUCGUUUGAGUGGCUCUAAGGAGUUUUAGGUCGGCGAUCACGUUCUAUUGUACAACUUCUGCUUGAAACUCUUUCUAAGAAAGCUACGCUCUAGAUGAUCAGAACCAUUUAUAGUCACACAAGCGUUUCCCUACGGCACCAUUGAGAUCGCCAAUCCGUAGACUGUGCCCUUUAAGGUUAAUGGGCAUCACCUCAAGCUGUAUCUAGGAGGAGCAGUAUAAUGCGCAGAGUUGGUGGUUGAAAUCGCAGAACCUUAGUUCUGUCUAUUGAGUCUAGUUUUGUCUAUUGAGUCUAGCUAAUGACGUUAAAGAAGUGCUUUUUGGGAGGCAACCCCACCACAGUUUGCAUUUGUUAUUCCUUUUUCUUUUACUUUUUGGUUUGUUUGAUUCAACUAUGUGUCUAUCGAGCCUAGACCAUCUAGUGAGCCCUCAAUUUGGGGUAUUUUCGUUGUUGGGUGAUAGGUGUGGUGAGAAAAAUGAAGUCGAGUUUUUUUUGUGCAUUUUUAGCAAUCCAUGGUCAUCAAGUAUCUAAUACCCGAUCGGGGAUUUUCCUCUCAUUUUUAGCAAUCCCCUGUCCUAUAAUAUUUUUUCCCGAUCGCUGAUUCCGCAUUCCUUGACCGAAGUCCGCUUUAUUAAUCCCUGAGUGUAACCCACCUGCUCACCGAUCGUGGCUAUCACACUCUGCGACCGGUGGCCCAUCUGAUUCAAAUUCCCGGUCGCAUCACCCAUUCCCGAUCAGGGAACUCAAACACCCGACCGGGGCGAGGUCUUUUGAACCCCAAAUCCCUGACCCCCUUCAUAUCCCCCUUUUCCUCGGUCGCUCUCCCUCUCUCUCCCUCUUCCCUGCCGAAAAACCAAAAUUUUGCAUAAAAAUUUGUAAAUCCC